AUGGUAGCAUAUGAGCUACUAUACAAAAUGAGGAAUAGAAGAAAGGCAAAGAAGGGGCAAAUGACAAUCAAACUGGAUAUUAGCAAGGCAUACGACCGGGUGGAGUGGACGUUUUUGCGCAUGAUAAUGCUAAUGAUUGGGUUGGACCCAAGAUGGGUUCAUAUGGCCAUGGAGACAGUUAGUAUAGCUUCCUACUCGAUAUUGAUCAAUAGGGAGCCCAAAGGGUAUAUCAAACCAUCAAGGGGUAUAAAACAGGGAGACUCACUCUCUCCAUACUUGUUUUUACUAUGUGCGGAGGGGCUGUCUGCCCUAUUACGAAAAGCAGAAGCAAACUACAACAUAAAAGGCAUUAUGACCAACCAACAAGGAGUGUGCAUUUCUCACCUCUUGUUUGCAGAUGACAGCUUGCUAUUUUGCCGAGCAACUAUGGAAGAGUGCCAAAACCUACUUACCCUUUUAAAGAAGUAUGAAGCUGCAUCGGGAACCAACACUGAAUAUGUGAGUCUGCGAACUCAUAGACGAGGAUACAAGGCACUGGGACCGGGGAAAGGUGCUGGCUACUUUUGCACAAAAGACAUGCAAGGAGAUAUUGGCAACGCCGUUGAACAAUGUAAAUUCAAGGGACGUGCUGGUGUGGAAGGAGAACAGUGCCAAGAAAUUCACAGUGCGCACCGCGUACCGUAUCGCUGUCCGCUUGAGAAACCCCAAUUACACGGAGCAUUCCUCGGCUCAAAGCCACGGACCAACCUGGAGGAAGAUUUGGAGGCUCAACGUGCCCCCAAAGGUACGAACCUUUUUAUGGAGGGCUUGCUCUAA